AAAAGACUCAGACCUGAGGAGCUGCGUUUCCUUCCCGUGCGUAAAAAAAAAGAAGUGCCAAGCCGAUCCCAAACAUGGAGAGGUCUGUGAGGUUCGCCGUGGUGUGUGUCGGAGUGUCUCUACUCAUGUCCUGUCAGUCAGUCGAAGCCUGGUACAAGCAGUCCACCGGGCCCAGUUACUACUCGGUGGGUCGCGCCUCCGGUCUGCUGUCCGGGAUCAGGAGGUCUCCGUACGUCCGGAGCGCAGAGACGGUGACCGACAGCGGGGAGGUGGCAGGUAACACCGUGAUCCCAGAGACUAACAGACAAAUCUCCAUCCUUAAAAACAUGGCCAUCUGCCUGAAGGACAUCUCUCCGAACCUGAAGAGCUGCGAGCUGCUGCAGGACGGAUCCGGAACCUUCCAGUGUCAGGCUGACGUCUUCCUCACCCUGGACUCCCUGGACUGCCUGUCCGCGUGAAGACCAUCCUCCAAAACCGCAGAGAGCUUUUCUGAAACGACGAGAAAUGAAACCA